AUGUAUGGCACACCUAUGCCGGAUACUUUCAUUCUACUAGACACACUUGAAUACAAUACAAUACGCGUUCCCACUCAAUUUGUCAACAUGAAAACGAACCGACCAUUACCGACGGUGCAUACAGCACCAACGGGAUUCUUUACCGAACAGAUCGUUACCAGCAAUUGGCUGAGCGAUCUUGAAUGUCAGCAGAGAAGUCCUUGUUACUCACGCUUCUCAAUGAUUACCAAUUUUGAUUUCUUCCUCGUUACUGGGAUGGAUUCCACCACAAUGCAAGUGGCCAUGACUGACAUUGAGAGCAUUCAUACUAACCAUCACUUCUACAAUGCGCCGAUCCUCGAAGUUGACAGACAGAUCAAGAGACUUCUCGGUCAGGCCGAUCCUGAGGAUAACGACGUCGACAUCCCCGACAAAACGGACUGGGAGCUUCCCACCCCGACAUACGUCUUCCCAGAGCGGGAACGGCUGGUUGAGAAUUUUUAUGGCCCAGACGCGGAGAACUACGAAGAGGAUAAGUUUCUUGCAAGACGUAUCCAGGUAACUAAAGAUAUGGUUGCGCUCAGUACCCUCUGUGAACCGAGCCGUCGGGGCAAUCGAGUCAACUGGAAAUUCGACGACGACGAGUCUGCGGAGCCAGAAAAGCCUUGCUUUCUCGAAGAGGAAACUCUUGACUGCCCAACGGAUGUUUGCAUCAUCUGUUACGGUCUAUCCCGCCGUUCCGCAUCUAAUCCACCUCCGCACAGAUUUCCCCCUAAGCGGCAAGAUUCUCUUCGGCGACAUCUCAUCGAUUGUCACCUCGCAAAGGCGUACGAUGGGAUCAGCUGCACCUGGAAGAUGUGCCAUGAUGCGCCGAAGUUCACCAAAAUCACUGAUUUCUUGGCCCAUGCUAUAUAUGUGCACGCAUACGAUGUUAAUAUUCAGCUGAAACAUCUUCCACCAUGGCAGCUUGCUAGUGGCCGUGAAGAUUCAUCUUUUGAUGAUUCAGAUUCCUCUUCUGGAUCCGAUCUCCAUUCCGGCAUAGACACCCCCGCUUCCUCUAUCACCUCUGAAAUGCCACAUAUCCACUCUCGAUUGAUCGAAUCUGGCUCCGUUCAUUCCACACAGUGGUCACCUAUUACUUGA